AAAAAAAAAAAAAAACAACCUAAAUAUGUGUAAGAACUCGAAAAGUUAAGAAAGAGUCAUGCAAAAGUAAUGAAAUAAUGAAAUUUUGUUAAAAGGAUAAUAGAAAAAUGUGAGCAACUUAAGCAGUAAUCCCCUUGCAACAUGCCAUCGUGAAAAUCAUGCUUGAUAAUGUGGAAGAACUAAAAAAAGAUCUACAAAAUGUACAACCACAACAACGACAGCAAACCAUCUAUUUAAACACCAACAAUAAUUACGACAAAGAACAUAAAUACUGGCACCAAAAACGAAAACAUCAAUUCGUCAGUGCAUAUAACUCGCAACAAGAGCAGCGGCAAAGCGUUAUUACAAUAUUGAAAACUUCUAUACAUGAGAGAGAUUGUGUUGGUUUUAUAGCAGGCAACGUUAAAUGUAGACCUCAUUCUGUCACUCAUGGCAUAACUGCACCAGUAGACAAUGUGACCACAACAAACUAUAGACCGACCAUCUCAGACACAAAUAGAAGCCAUCAUACUCUGCCAAGUUAUAGACCUAAGGCAAAAGGUUUGAAGCGUCAGACCGUACAUGAGGUUUCCAGACAGAUAAACAUUGCGAGUAAAGGCAAUUUAGAAAAUUCAUCAAAUAUGCAAAAAUCAUCAAGUACACCGAAAGCCGCCAAUGGUGGCAGCACUGCCAGUAAGGAGAAACCUCAAAAGUUGCGUUUGUCUAAUAAAACCUCAGCAGAUCGCAAUGCCAAUAAUUCAAGCAUUUCGCCCACCUUUACCUCAGCCGUAGGAGGUACUAUUAGUAAAAGCCGUAAUAAUAAAAAAUGCAACCAUUGUAGUACAAAUAAAUUGUCCUUUAAUAAUUUUGAGGAUGAGAAUUAUAUGGAAUUUGAAUUCUUCCCUAAUGAAGCAACCAAUCGAGAGACUGCAGAAUUUACUGAACUAUUUUGUGAUUUUCCCGUCAGCUAUGAUACUACGCAUGUUUUGCAUGGAAAGGAUGAAGAUUCGAACCAUCUAAGAACACUGCCUUCUUAUCGGGAACCAGCCCCACCUACACCUCCACCGCUAUCGCAAUUACCUUCACGUAGUUUACUAAAUCAAACUGUUUCCGUUUCCUGUCCUUCAACACCGUCACGCGGCAAAGUGGUGUUGAGUAAGAAGGAACGCAAGGAACUCAUUAAAUCAAAUAAAUUGAAGAAUAUACAAACUUCCGGUAGUGCCUCUAAUAUUGGAGGCCUACAAAGUGCCGAGACUAACAGUAUUCCCAGCAAUCCGUACAAAGGAAGAGUAACCGAACUUAAAAAUUGUAUUGCGCGAAUCAAUUCCAAAGGUUUGUUUGCUUCUUUACAUCGAAGCUCUCAAAAAUCUCUAAACACGCAAACCAGUGCAACUGAAGAACAAAAUUCCUCUACCGAAGUCUCACCACCGCCACCUGCUCCUGAAAACAACCCACCUUCCUCAAAUGUUGCCAAUAACAACGAAGCUGAUUACUCGGAGAAAUUAAAAAACCUACCAGUACGUCAGAGAAAAGUCCAUACCUCGCACAUGGAUAAUUAUUGUCUGUUCGAUCCUUUGGAUUUUGUUAAUGAAAAAACUUUAAAAAGAUCAACCCCCGAAUCUAUGAUUAUGGAUAUAAACGCUCAGUCUCUUAAUCAUAACUUAAGAGAUCCCCUCUUCAGUUCACGGCAGCAUUUAACAUUUAGUGAAGAGGAAGAUUUAGUGCCGGAAAUUAUUUAUAACGUAAACAUUGAAGACAAUAAUGAACAAUUGAACGAAAAAAUUGAAAUAUCUAUAAAAAACUUUGAACACCACAAUUACUUCGUUAUAGAUCCGCAGGAAUUGAAAGACGAGCCGUUAGUUGACAUUGGCAUACCAAAUCCAUUUAGCAACGAACAAUUUGUUCAGGCUCAACUAUUGUCUGCUCAACAUACUUAUGUGAACAAUUUGGAAAAUAUGGAAAAUAUGAAAAGUUCUGAAAGUCUCGAUAAACUUAUAAACGACGAUUUCGAAGCCGCAACGAGCAUGUCCAAUAGUCAGGAGAGUAAGGAUACUAACACUACCGCUUCCAAUAUUACCACCACAAAUUCUAUCGCUCUAGAAGAAUCCUCCACAUCUACCAAUUCGAAUACUUCCUCGUCAUCGAAUGUCUCGUCGCAAACCGCUUUACAAGGGACGAAAAAAAAAUUAACUUUUCUCAAUUUAUCACCAUUUUGCUAUCAAAAAUCAGUGGAACUAAUUAAACAUGAGGACCUAGAUAACGAGAACUUAAAUAUUAAAUCUCGUGAAAGAGCCAUUUCCGAAGUAGUUAGUUUGGAUCAUGUGUUUCAUUUGCAAGAAAUGUUAAUGAGUGCGGAUAAUACGAGUAAAGAGAAUAAAUCGCGUACUGUACCCAUAGAAUCGAAUUACGUAUUAUUUAAUCCCGGUCCGGUACCGAGUCGUAACGUUCAAUAUAAAGUGCGUAAGCCGCGACCACUAUCAACUCACAGCGAUGCUGAUAGUGGAUUUCUAAGUCCUUGCUCACCACCCGAUGAAUUCUCGUCGUUGAAAUUCAAUCCGGCGAUAUUAGUUCUACAGCAGUGCGAUAGCGUUCAAGGUUAUAUUGAGAUUUACACCGACUGGGCGAACUAUUACUUAGAGCGCGCCAAGUCGAAAAAGAAGGUUACUGAUCUAUCAUCAGAUUGUCGCGAUGGACUUCUACUGGCUGAAAUAAUUGAAGCGGUAACAUCGUUUAAAGUUCCUGAUCUUCACAAAAAACCCAAAAAUCAACAACAAAUGUACGAUAACAUAAAUUCAUGCUUAAGCCAAUUACGUUCGCAUGCGGUUGCUGGCUUGGAUAAUAUCACCACGAACGACAUCUGCUGUGGACGUUUGAAGGCAGUUUUGGCUUUGUUCUUUGCUUUAAGUCGUUACAAGCAACAGUCAAAGCAAUCAAAGUGUGUCAACAACACAAAUGGAUUUUCGAUAAAAGCUGAAAUACACCAACAACCGCAGACGAACACCUUAAGCGUUAGUGUGGGUGGCGGAGUUAGCGAGAAAGUAAGCAACAGUUCAGCCACAGCGUUAUUAGUGCAAUCCAUGCAAAACGGAAACGACACGACAAUGGUGAAUAGACAAAUUCCUGCUGGUUACUCGAAAGCCAAUGGCACAGCAAUACCAUUGCCAGCCACAGUUAUGGUACAAAGGCGUUGUCCUCCAGAUAAAGUCAGACCUUUACCACCUACACCAAAUCAUACACCAUCUAUACCAGGCUUGGGUAAAAAUGGUACCGAAUUCAAUACUAACCGUCCUAAUAGCCCUCCUUCAAGUAAUCAUAGUGUUCAAAGUUUAAAGGUCACCAAUAACAAUGGCCUCCGACCGCCAGCUGUCAAAACCGCUUUACAAGGGGGAAUACCCGGAACAGAUUCUAACAAUACUCCAGCGAAGGGCACCCCUCUGCCCCAACAGCAACAGCCGCAGCAGCAGCAAAAACAUUCAAUGCUCGAGAAACUGAAGUUGUUCAAUAAAGAUAAGUCAAAUCAAUCGUCAGCUCAGCAAUCGUCCUUGAAUACUGCGACUGUCAACAAGAAUCUACCUCAAUCGAAACGUACUUCCUCAUCUUCCGGAUUCUCUUCGGCACGUUCAGAAAGGUCGGAUUCCAGUUUGAGUUUAAAUGACGGACACAUUUCACAGAUUAAACCGCCCAGCGUUAACGUUACCUCAGCUAAUAAGAUGCGAGAUUCAAAAAAUAGCGCCAAACAAUCGAAGCUAUUGGCAGCGCAAAAUAAAAAGGAACACGUUAAAAGCUCUUCAAAAGCGGAUAAGAAAGAGAAAAGUCCAGCCCGUUCUCUGAAUCGGGAGGAAUCUGGCCUGGAAAGUAAAAGCUCUACAUUGAAUAGACAUAAAAAUUCACUUCCCAGAGGAGGGGUGGACAAAAACGCACAAAAGUCGUCAAAUAAAGUCUCGUUACAAAACAAAUCCGAAUCGAAAACAUCGUUAAUAAUGCCUCCGAAUAAACUGGUAAGCAGCCCAAAUGGUACCGGCUUGCCGAAACCAAUAGCAGCCAUAAAGGGGACAAGCAAGUUACCACAACCGCCAAACCAACAACAACAGCAGCAACAACAACAACAACAACAACAUCACAUAGACAAUAAAUCUCAUAUAACAAAUUCGAAUUCAACACACGAGUUAAUGAGUAGAGAAAAGAAUGACAUAUCCACUGCCAACAUAUCGAAUCAUCAAACCGUUCCACCUACACAUAUCGUUAAACCAGUACCGGUACUUCCCGAACCUGGUGCAAAGCCACCCUAUUACGCCAAUACUGCCAACAUAUCAUCAUCUAACUCAACUGAGUGUAACUCAGGUUUACAAUCACCCAUAACUCAAGAGCCCAUGUAUGGUCGUUUACCGCCACCCCAAAGUGGUUUAUCCGCAAGAAAAUUGGAAUAUAAUUCUGGUCCUAGCGUCCUACAACCCCAGCAAACUUCCCCGUUAAGAAAUUUGACUGGGGGAAAUGGUACGACACAUUCCCAGCCGGUUACACCUGUCAGUCCGCAAAUGAUUGUAACAAAUGGAAAUUUCAAUAACCGAUCACCAAACAAGUUCCAUACUAUACCUUCGAAAAUUGUAAGCACCAUUUAUGAAGAAGAAAAGCCCAUUAAUGUAUUGCCAAUGCGUCCAUUACUACGAGGAUACAAUUCACAUGUUACUUUGCCUACCAGAGGUGCGAGGGGAGCCCAUCACUAUGUUUCCGAUUUUGUAGAGAAUGAUAUCCAACAGGGAUAUUGCAGCGAUGGUGACUCUCUACGCUUCAGCAAUUCUCGUUUGAUUCAUGGGAACACUUUGGCGAACUCCUCGCGCUUUCAUGACAUUGACAACGGUUAUCUAUCAGAAGGCAGCAACAGUAUAGGCCUCAAUCAUAUGGGUCACACAACACAUGGUAAACAUUUUUUAAGCAUGAUGAGAGCACGCACACAGCUUCCUACCACUAUCGAAGAGAGAAUACGGAAUAGUCGCGGUAGUUUAGAUAGCAUUGGUACGGCAGUAGCCUCUUCGGCCGCUUCGCAAGCUAGUUCAAGCGGUGGCUCGAAUACCAAAAUGGAUAUGAGUAAUGGAGGCAUUGGUAACGGCUCCGGUAAUAACAGUAUAAAUAAUAGUCCACAACACUCCCAUCACCAGCACAGUCCACUUCGUUCCGGAAAUGCGAUACGUAAUAAUGCUCGCGACAACUGGUCGAAAAUGCCUGAACCGUUAAAAGGCCACAAAUCAGAACAAAAAGACAAAUCCUCGCCUUCACGUUGCACCCUAACCGGUACAACUGCGUCGUCGAAACAGGGAUCACCUUCGGGACGAACUAAAGGAGUUCCCCCCAGUUUCGGCUACGUAAAACGUGCUAACGGCACAGCUACGUCUACCGCUGAACAACAACAAAUUGCCAUGAUGAUCAAUGUCGGCAAUGGCGGUCCACAAAAUGGACGUACAGCUCAUGUAUCGGCAGUGCCAAGAACAGCGGCGGGGGGAAAUGGUCGCAAAAUGUCGGGUGGUACACAGACCUUACCAAGUGAUAUAACAAGAAUACCUCCCAACACUCAGCAUCGUAGUUAUUCUUUGACUGGUCCGGGUGCUACGCAAUUAAGUCAAUCUAUACGUGAACGUUUAGCUACCGGAUCACACAGCUUACCAAAACCAGGCACCGAUGUAUACCAGCAUAGAAUUUCUAAUCAUCGCCCCGGUAAAAUGUUGGAUGGUUCAUUGUCGGAUACUCAAACCUAUGCUGAAGUCAAGCCAGAAUACAGUAGUUAUGCCAUGUGGCUGAAACACAGCAAUACAGCAGGCAGUCGUUUGUCUGACGGAGACUCCAUAGAAAAUAUGCAAAUGGGUUCACCCUCUAUGUCUCGUCAUGGUCAUAAAAUUAUGCAACAACGUGCUGCCGCUGCAGUGGUUAAUGCAACCGGCGGUCAAAGCAUGGCGGGUGCAGAGUCACCAUACGUUCAAAGCCCUCGCAUGAAUCGCAGUAAUAGUAUUAGCUACUUGAAAGAAAGGACAUACCCAAGAUCAACAAAAUCGGAAAAAAUGUAUCCUUCCAUGUUGUCGCGUGGGCCUGAAGUAGAAAUUGAACCCUACUAUUGUCUACCAGUAGGCAGUACUCAUAACGGCGUAAUCUCAGCACAAUUGGCAGCAGCAGCAGUCGCUGCAGCAGCGAACUUGCAAAAUACGAAUCAUAAUGCAACUGGUGGUGCAGUUGCUUGGAGUCAACCCACCUCACCCACACCUAUUAAUCGGGGUUUUGUUGGUACGAUGUCGCCUACUCAUGCUAAUACCAUGGGUGGUUUACAGACAAUGGUGUCUGGUGUUACACAAACUGGUGGUACACAUAAGCUUACUUAUCCUAAGAAAAAUGACGAUGUGCAUGGCAGUGCCGCUUCUUUAUUAUCUGGUGGCAGCUCAUUAUAUGGCACUUCCGAAGAAAGGCAGGCACAUGAAAUUCGACGUUUGAAACGCGAACUUAUGGAGGCUAGAGAACAAGUUCUAAGCCUUAGCAGCCAAUUAUCAACAAAUGCCCACGUAGUGGCGGCUUUCGAGCAAUCACUUUCCAAUAUGACAACACGACUGCAACAGUUGACCGCCACUGCCGAACGCAAAGAUGGUGAGCUGACGGACAUGCGUCAGACAAUUGAAUUGUUGCGCAAACAAUCGAUACAGGCAGGUCUAACGACUGCUCACAUGCAAAGUAUGGGCGUGCAGACACAAAGUCAGACACAAAACGAUUUAUUGGGCAACAAACCACCACCACUGCCACCAUCAUCUGUGCCCUCCAAUCAGCAUAUAUCACGAGCUGCUCAACAUCAACAACAACAACAACUGGGAGGAAGCAAUGGCAACUCGGGUUCGAUGCAACGACAUCACAGCUCAGACUCAAUGUGUUCAGUAAACUCGAUUAGUUCGGGUUGUUCGACACAAGAUAAAAAGAAAAAGAAAGGCUGGCUAAGAAGUUCUUUCACUAAAGCUUUUUCACGUAAUGCCAAAAUAUCAAAAACUAGUCGCCAUGUUGGCCAGCAUCAUCAUCACAAUACAAGUUCCAAUAAUGCCAAUAACAGUGAAAGCUUGACUAAUUCUCCUGGCCUACACAGAAGCAACCGCCAAAUUAAUGCUGAACCACCAGGCUUAGCAGCAUUGGCUACACAGCCUGCUCCUUUAGGAUCGCCAACAAAGCACUCUAAUGCCACUAAAACAGUAACCCUUAUUGAUAAUGCUAAACCUAUAGAUGCCAUAGAUCAUGAGGACAAUGUUCAUGUAGUUGAAGAUCUCAAGAAACAAUUGCGAGAAAAGGAUUUAGUUUUAACUGAUAUACGUUUAGAGGCGUUAAGUUCAGCCUCCCAAUUGGAGAGUUUGAAAGAAACUGUAAAUAAAAUGCGUGCAGAAAUGAUGUCCCUGAAGCAGAAUAAUGAGCGAUUACAAAAAUUGGUAACCAGUCGUUCGUUAGCUGGUUCAGAAGCUUCUCUAGGCAAUGCCAUAAGUCCCAACGGAUCUAUAGGAGAGUCGCGAAGAUAUUCCUUGGCUGACGGAAGCACCAGGCCUCCUAUGGAACUACCCAAACGUUUAGAAGAAGAGGUUGAGGAAGAAAAUAUACCACCUGCUCCAGCACCAGAACCACCACCUCCUCUUUCACCAUCCACGCAUAUCGACUUAACCCCGCCACCACCCGCUCUCGAACCCAUCCCCAGUCCGGCUCAUAUGCCAACCACCUCAGAGGAAAUGUCUGACAUUAAUGAUGGUAAAAAGAUUGCCAUUGCUGUUUACUUAGGCCAGCCUGAAUCUUUCAAUAAGUACUGCGAGGAGCUAUUGGAAGUUGAUGAAUUUUAUGCGAACGGAUCUAUAGUAGCGAACGCACGAGAUGAGAAUGGAGAACGUAAAGCAUUUUCAAUGGCCAGUCCCAAUGAAUUUGUUAUCGCAUAUACGUACAUUUCUGGCAAGACAACAUGGCAGAAUUUAGAUUACAUUGUGCGCAAAACUUUCAAGGAUUACGUAUCGCGUAUAGAUCCCGGAACCAAUUUGGGUUUGAACACGGAUUCCAUUACAUCAUACCAUCUAGGAGAGGCGAAACGUGGCCCAGAAAUGGGUUUUCCCGAGCUGCUUCCUUGCGGUUACAUAGUAGGCAAUGUACGCACCUUGUACAUAUGUUUGCAAGGUGUUGGGAGUUUGGCCUUCGAUAGCCUAAUUCCGAGGAGUAUAGUGCAUCGGUAUAUAAGUUUAUUAACCGAACACAGACGUUUGAUUUUGUGUGGACCUAGUGGCACUGGCAAAUCAUAUUUAGCUAGACGUUUAGCUGAGUUUCUAGUAGCGCGAUCGGGCCGUGGCAAUCCGUCAGAAGCUAUAGCAACGUUCAACGUGGAUCACAAAUCCUCCAAAGAAUUGCGUCAAUAUUUAGGCCAUAUAGCUGAACAAGCGGCUAUAGCAAAUGGAGCUUCUGAAUUGCCAUCUGUGAUUAUACUGGACAAUCUGCAUCAUGCUUCAGCAUUGGGAGAUGUGUUCUCUUGCCUGUUAAGCGCAGGCCCGGCUGCUAAACUACCUUGCAUAAUUGGCACAAUGUCCCAAGCCACCUGUAAUACUACCAACUUACAAUUGCAUCACAAUUUCCGUUGGGUUUUAACAGCUAAUCAUAUGGAACCAGUGAAAGGAUUUUUAGGGCGUUUUUUAAGGAGAAGACUUUUCCAAUUAGAAUUACAAACACAACAUUCACAACCUGAAUUGGGAACGGUCUUAGCUUGGUUGCCUGGCGUAUGGCAGCAUAUUAAUCGAUUUUUGGAAGCACAUAGUUCAAGUGAUGUUACAAUCGGUCCUCGUUUAUUCUUAAGCUGCCCAUUAGAUCUUAAAGAGUCGCAGGUUUGGUUCACGGAUAUAUGGAAUUAUCAUUUGUCGCCAUAUCUUAUAGAGGCCGUAAGAGAGGGAGUGCAACUCUACGGACGUCGAGGUGGAGCCUGGAAUGAUCCUUCUGCUUUUAUUAGGAACUCUUAUCCCUGGCCUUAUGGACCUGAUUCAGUGCCACCUUUAAGACAAAUUAAUGCAGAGGAUGUUGGCCUCGAAGGAGUAGCGGCCAGCAAUGGGGAAAAUCAAGAUCCUUUGUUAAAUAUGCUUAUGCGCUUGCAAGAAGCUGCCAAUUAUUCCGAGAACCAGGAUCCCGAAAGUGACUGUGCUAGUUUAGAUUCGAACGUAACACCAGAUAGCUCAGCUGGUGCCGAAUAAAUGUCAUGUAUUUUCAUACUCCUUACGUACUCCGUAUUCAUAAGAUAAUGCAAAUAAUUUAAUUACAGCUUUCCCCAAAGUUUAUAUACAAUACAAAUUCUCUACAUACCUACAUAGAUAAAGAUACAUUAUAUGCUUAACAUAUAUAUAGAGGGAGAAUGUGUACACACUGAGAAAGAAAGAUACAAUAUUCCAUAUAUAUAUGCAUAUAUAUAUUCUCUUUUUAAAUCAUGUGUAUGUACAGCGUAAGAGAGUUUUUUGAAAAAGCGACUCUGAAUUUGGAAGCAUCUGAGAGUAAUUAAAUGAGCGAGCUUGAAUUUCAAAAAAGCGACUCUAAAUUUGGAAGCAUCUCUGAGACUAAUUAAAUUUUUAAUUAAAUAAAAAUUUCAUUUAGGGAAUGAAGAUUAGGCUAAAUAAUACGAGACAAUGUUGAAAAGGAAAUACAACCCUGCUUUUUGUUUUUCGCCUUUUUUUUUUUGAAAAUCUUAAAGAAAAUUGUUAAGCUUGCGGAUAAAUGAAGUAUGCGCAUAUAAAAAGAAGAAGAUGAAGAAGAAUGAAAAUUUCAAAAACUUCCAUAAAAAAUUAAAUGAAAAAUUUGCUUACACUACUUUCUUUGAGAUUAACUUAUUAGCAAAGUAGAGGAAAGUGGUAGACUAAGUAAAUUCGGGAAAUGAAAUUGGUUAACUAAAUUGCACCUUUUAGCGGCACUUGUUAAAUAUGCAAAUUUACACUCGAAGCCACAUAAGCAAAACGGAAAGCUAACAAUUGAUUUCUGUCUUGAAAAAAGGAAAAAAAAUGAAUAAUGAAACCUUAGCUAAACAAUUUUCUUUAAAUAUGAAGUGGCAUAAGUAUGUCAACGUAUUCCUUAGAUGCUUUUAAUAUAAAAGCUGGGUUUUUUUUUCAAAAAUCUCACCAACAAAAUUUUAUAUAUAUAUA